CAUAUUAAUGCUGUUGCUCUGUUAUUUUUUCAGCGAGUUCUUCUUCUUGUGGCCUCAGACGUUGAUGCAUUAUGUGCUUGUAAAAUACUCCAAGCUUUGUUUCAAUGUGAUCAUGUGCAAUAUACGCUAGUGCCUGUGUCUGGAUGGCAAGAACUUGAAACUGCCUUUCUUGAGCAUAAAGAUCAGUUCAAAUAUUUUGUUUUUAUUAAUUGUGGUGCCAAUGUUGACCUGUUGGAGAUCUUGCAGCCUGAAGAAGACACUUAUUUUUUUGUGUGUGAUAGCCACAGACCUAUCAAUAUAGUCAAUGUUUACAAUGAGACACAGAUUAAGCUGUUAGUUAAGCAAGAUGAUGAUCUUGAUGUUCCUGCUUAUGAUGAUAUCUUCAGAGAUGAAGAGGAUGAAGAAGAGGACUCAGAGAAUGAAAGUGAUGGCUCAGAACCUUCAGAUAAGCGCAGACGUUUUGAAGAGGAGGUAAUAGAGAGAACAAUGAAAAGGCGACAAAGGCGAGAGUGGGAGGCACGCAGACGUGAAAUUCUUUUUGAUUACGAGCAAUAUGAAUACCACGGGACCUCAUCUGCGAUGGUGAUGUUUGAUCUGGCGUGGAUAAUGUCUAAAGAUUUGAAUGACAUGUUGUGGUGGGCUAUUGUUGGCCUAACAGAUCAGUGGGUCCAAGAUAAAAUUACCCAAAUGAAGUAUGUGACUGAUAUUGGAAUCCUGCAGCGCCACGUGUCUCGCCAUAACCACCGCAAUGAGGAUGAGGAAAAUUCCCUGUCCAUUGACUGCAUGCGAAUAGCAUUUGAAUACGAUCUGCGCCUGGCACUUUAUCAGCACUGGUCUCUGUAUGAAAGUCUCUGUAAUACUUCAUAUACCUCUGCUAACCUUAAGCUCUGGUCAGUACAAGGACAGAAGCGGCUGCAGGAGUUUUUGGCUGACAUGGGUUUGCCUCUGAAGCAAGUGAAGCAGAAAUUUAAUUCCAUGGACAUUUCUUUGAAAGAAAAUCUUCGGGAAAUGAUUGAAGAAUCUGCAAAUAAGUUUGGAAUGAGGGAUUUAAGAGUUCAGACCUUCAGCAUUCACUUUGGCUUUAAGAACAAGUUCUUAGCAAGUGAUAUAGUUUAUGCCACAGCCUCUCUCAUGGAGAGCAUAGAGAAAGAGGGGCCUGAAACAACUAAUUUCAUUAAAGCUUUGGACAGUCUCUCCAGAGGUAACCUGGACAAACUGCACCAAGGGCUGGACCUAGCCAAAAAGCAGUUACGUGCCAUUCAGCAGACAGUAGCCAGCUGCAUUUGCACCAACCUUGUUAUUUCCCAAGGGCCUUUUCUUUAUUGCUCUCUCAUGGAGGGUACGCCAGAUGUGAAACUGUUUUCUAAACCAGUAUCUCUGUGCCUGCUUAGUAAAUACUUGCUCAAAUCCUUUGUUUGCUCUACAAAAAACAAGCGCUGCAAAUUACUGCCACUGGUAAUGGCUGCACCAAUGGAUGUUGAACAGGGAACUGUGAUCAUGGUGGGGAUUCCUCCAGAAACAGAAAGCUCUGACAAAAAGAACUUUUUUGGAAGAGCAUUUGAGAAAGCUGCUGACAGCACCAAUUCCAGGACUUUACACAACCAUUUUGACAUGUCCAUAAUUGAAUUGAAAACAGAAGACAGGAGCAAAUUUCUGGAUGCGCUCAUAUCUCUCUUGUCCUAAUGAUUGUUUCAGAUUGUCUUCUGCCCUGUUACGCAGUGGUGCUUUUUGGUUCCUUGAGCUGGAAGCUGAGGAUCAGAUGCUCUGAAGUUGUUUCAGAUGUUCCAGACUUCACAGUGCUGCAAUUAUGUCAUCUUGCUUCAUCUGAAAUGUUCCGAUACAGGCCCGGACUUUUGGUUUUGUGCUAAGAGGCUGAAGGAUCUCAAAGCUGAGCACGCAGAUACUGGAUACUGCUUCUUUGUAAGGACUCAGUCCUUGGAAAGGCAGAAUGCCUCAAACAGCAGAAUUUGUACAUGGCACUUCUGUCAAACCUGCUUUUAUGAGUAGAUGUGCUCCUUUGGUAUUGAGUGUGGGCUAACAACAAAAAUAGGUUUUAACUAAGUUCCAUAUUUAAAUGUUCUUUUAAAACUACCUUGAAUGUUUUAAAAUCAUUUUUAAAGUAACUUCUUGAAAACUUGUAAUGAAAAUCUUUUUAGGUGCUGUCAGGUUGAAGCCUUGUACUUUGGUUGAAAUAGCUGUUUUGUGAGGCAAGUUUUAAGAUUUUAGGGAUUUAAAAUCCAUGUACUAAGAAACUGCCAGUUACCAGAGACAAUCCAUGGAAUUUCAGUGCCAGCAGAGCGUUCUUAGUCAUGCGUAGUGAUGCUGUAUUGUCACUUGUAGACUAGCUUUGGCAACGAUUUUCCUGGGAAGAAUCUAAAACAGUAUGAUAACUGUGUGGGCUGUAGUGUUGUAACUGUCAGCCUACAUCUCUUCAGCUCCAUAACAGAGGUCCCAUUUCAUUUUAGUUGCUGUACAUUGGUGGAUAUGUAUAUGUUGGGAAUUUUUCUUCCUGCAACGUUUGCUUGAAUUCUGUAUGACCUCAAUAUUUUCAAUGUAUUAUAAUGGAUAUGUAUAGAGUAUAUAUCAUUACAUUGUACUUGGUACAGACUUUUAUUACAAGUUAAUUUAAUACCACCUGUGAUCUAGAUGUAGCCAGUGGAAAAUGAAUUAAACGACAUAUUUUUAUCCAAACAGAA